AUGUCACAACUUUAUAUGCAUUUACCGGUUAUGUUUAUUUGCUAGUUUUGUUACAGGUAACAUUUUGUGCAUAUGAACAGAAAAGAGACGAGCAGACCGAUUUACAGUUGUUUUUAAAGAAGUUGAAACAAGAAAAACUGAGAAAUGGUUUGUUUGUGUGCUCCAGAAUUGACAUGCACUCACAUUAUUCCUGUGUUACUAAUAUAUUUUAGAAAGUGUUUUUAUGUUGUUUUUGAAAUAUAUGACUUUGACUGAGAGCUCAAAAUAGAUGUGAAGUUCUUCAGAAGUGUUUGAAAAGCAUCUCAGGGUGAGACGUCAAGACGGAUAAAAUAACAAGAGACCAAGUGUAAAACACUGACUAUAAAGAAUUGUAAAAUACUUUUGAUUCAUUUGGAAUUGAUGAAAAUAUAUAUUUAAAAUCCUCAAGUAUAAUCAUUUAAUUUCCGUUUAUUUGUCAGUUCGUCGACGGAUAUACCAGCGUCAAGACAUUUUGACUGACGCUUGUGCUUUCUAUUCAAGACGCGACGCUACCUCCAGUCCCGCCUUUCGCGACAUUCUAUUGGUUAAAAUUGCCGCCAUGACGUUGCGCUCGUGCUGAAGAGACGCGAGUCGCGCGCUUUUGACGCGCCCGUGUGAUUCCGGCAGUGCGUUCCGCUCGACGCGUCUCAGCAGCGACUCGAUGAACUCAAUGGCCAUGGUGGAGAAAUUAAUCCAAAGCGUGCACGCGUUCCCGGUGCUGUAUAACGUGUCGUUUCACGAUUACCGGAGCUCAGAGAGGAGGGCGAAAGCGUGGCGGGAGGUCGCCGCCUCCGUCGGGCUCUCCGUGGUGGAAUGCAAAAGAAGAUGGAAGACCAUAAGGGACAGGUACAUCAGAGAGAGGCGACUGUGCAAACUCGGAAAGGAACAAGGUGGCCGUCGCCUGCACUUUUGGCCUCACAGAGAAGCCCUCUCCUUUCUGGAUGCUCACAUCAGAAAGAGAAAGCGUCACAAUGACGUGGAAGGUCCAGAGGAGCUGGACGAGGGCGCCGGAAGCGGUCAGGACUCACACGAUGAGUCGCUCGACGAGUCCAGCGGUGGCGAUUCAAAGCCUCUCGAGUCGAGUCUGAAAAAAUUAAAGGCUGCCGAUUCAAAGUCCGAAGGGCAAAGGCGAAGCAAACUGAAGUCAGAGGACACGAAGGAUUUUAUGUUAAAUAUCCCGGAGACAAAGCCUUUGAUGUCUCCUCAGCUCAAACCCAAUAUUACAGCUCAGUUAAAUCCACUGUCACAGUUGCCCCUGUCUAUUGUGACCCAGCUCGCCCCCAUCAAACAGGUCCCGCAGAUGACCCAACUCGUCCCUUUGGUCACCGGUCUGCCUCCCGGGCUGAAUGUCUCGCAAGCUUCGGCUUCACCUUCACAGCAAAUCCCCAUCAAAACGAACACUGCUCCCACUCUGCUCGCACCAAACAUCAACGGAAAGAUGGCAGAAAAAGAGCCCGCCUCCCAAAAACCAGUGCUUGACAGAGCUCUAGACGAAGACGAGCUGUUUCUCUUGAGUUACGUACCUGCCCUGAAACGACUGACGCCACAGAAGAGAGCUGCCGUUAAAAUGAAAAUCCAGCAGCUCAUGUUUGAUGCUGAAUUCAAAGAUGAGUGAACACUUGUUUCAGAAAGUCGGGCAGUUUUUCACUUUCCCAUCAAAUAGGAAAAGGUUUAUCUUCUUAAAAUGCUUCUCCUCGUCUUUUAUAAUGAAAUUGUUCAUGAAAUGCUUUAUUUCUGUAUAUAUUUGAAUGCAGCAACUACAGUAUUUGGUGCGUUUAAGUGCUUGUCGUGGUUUUGUUUAAUUCUUUAUUGGUUAACAAACCCCAUUUUGUAAAAAAAUGCGAAAUGUCUUUACGCAAACAGCCGCUUCAUGCAUUUAUAUCAGUUUUUGACAAAGCGUGGAUGUACAAUACUGCUGAAAAGUAAAAGGCAAAAACAAAACUGAACAAAGUAGUACUGUUAUCUUUUAUUAAGAAACAUUGUUGAUUCUUAAAAACAGUUUCACAAUGUUUCAUUAAAGAGAUUUCACCCCCAAAAUUACUUUUAAUUAAUGUAUACAUUAUACAUUAUUUAUAUUAAUGUACAAAUUACUUUGUUCUGAUGAACACAGAGAAAGAUAUUCGCAAAAAUGUUUUAAAUUUUCUGUAUGAGCCGAUAGCCUUAUGGUUAGUGGUCUGACAUACGGUGCUGUAGGGCACCGGGUGACCCGAGUUCGAGUCCUGACUCCUGUACUCUCCUUAUCCCACCCACCUCGUUUCCUGUCCUCUCACUGUUACUGUCCAAAUAAAGGCAAAAACGGCCAAAAUAAAUCUUUAAAAAUGUUUGAAAAUUUCAGCUUGGAACAUCAUUGACUGCCAUGAUAAGAAAAAUUAAAGGUGCCCCAGAACUGUUCUCCUAAGAUCUUCAAAAUAUAUCAUUUUGUGUUCAACAAAAGAUACAAU